AAAAAGUUACUACUAAACUAAAGAAGAAGAAAUACCACUACUGUUUAUUUUUCAUAGCUCCGUGUCUGUCUCGAUAAAGUAUCUUAUAAAUUAGAAAUGAUCUUUUAUAAAUGAUAAGGUCGUUUAUAUGUAAGUGCAAGACUGCACUCUUUCCUGUCAAGCGAUGUCUCGUGUUUGUAGGAAGAACCCGUCUGUGUGCACGGAUGAUCCUCUCAGUAAAGAUGAUCUGUGCUCCAAACUGGCAGUAAUGCGGCACACACUGCAGUCUAGCUAUGGCCCAUGUGGCAGAUUAAAACAAAUCCAUAACAAUGUCGGGGGACACGUUCAGACCACAUCCACCUCAGCAGUACUACUCAAAGCUGUGUCUUUCUCAGAGCCACUGCUGCAGCUGAUCUCUGCAGCCAUCUUGGAUCACACCACGAGAUUCAGCGACUGUGGUUUGUUUACAGGAAUCUUUUGCCUUGGCCUCAUUGAAAAUGCCAAGAGGCUAGGACUCGGGUUGGCUGUGGCAUGCAGAGUAUAUAAAUACUUGUUAGAACAAUGCAAUAGUUAUUUAAAUGCGGACGAUUGUGGCUGUAAAGUUCAGGUGGACUUCAGCAGUAUUCAAUCAUUCAUCACUUUAUCUCAUACUGUAGUCGCUAGCAAACCAGCCUGCAUGCUCAACCCUGAUGAAUCACAACAUAUCACCUCUCUGACCGUGCAGGCCUUCCUUCAGUCUGUUCCUUCUGCAUCAUCAAACGUCUUUGGAAGAACACUGGUUGUGACAAUAGAAGGACAGCCAGUGAGCAGUUCUGCUGUUUUCCGUGGAAUAUUAUUGGAAGUGCCCAUUCUGCAGUCGGUGGAUCUAAAGAACCGUAAUCCAGGUCCCUAUAAGAUUGUGCUAUUUGGCACAUCUCUGUCAGGUGACCUCUCUGAAUUUGGAGAAGCAGUUUUCGAGAUCCAGGCAGGAGUAAAUCCAGAGGCGGUCAUCGUGGAGCAGUUGUUGAAGCUCGGUGAGCGAGUGGUUCAGGACGGUGUGGAAGUGUUUGCAUGUCAGAAGGUGAUUCACCCAGUGCUGCAGCAGUACUUGAAGGAACGUGGGCUGGUGGUCAUCGAGCGCCUCGGACUUGCCCUAACGGAGCCAGUUUCCCAAAUGACAGGUGCUCUGAUUAUGGCAUCUAUCUGCUCUCCAGUCCCAGCCAAAGCAUAUGGACAGAUCGGGGGACUCCAUCUGCACCGCAUUGGAUCGAAAGAGCUUCUCCAGCUCCUUCCAUCUGGAGAGGCAGCCGUUAGCACGAUGGUGCUCUGUCACAGGAACGAAACGAUGUUAGAGGAGCUUAAGGUGACGUGUCAGAGAGCAGAGCAUGUGCUGCGAUUGACUCUAAAGGAGCCUUAUGCACUAAUCGGGGGAGGCUGCACAGAGACCGUGCUGUCUGCUUACUUAAAAUACAUGAGUGAGACGAAGCCCAGCGAAGCAGCCUCGGCUCUAAAAUGCUCACGUGCCGAGUUCCUGCUCGCUACGGAGGCGUUCUGCUGCUCUCUGCAGUCUGUGGCUCUUUUUUUAAACCACGAUGACCAGCACUUCCUCAUGGACUUGACUCAUGCUCAUUGCUGGGUUACAGAAGAGGAUGCAUGCUCACAAACCACAACUUUACACUCUUGCAGAUGUGGUCUGGUAAGGAAAAGGGCAGAUCUGGAGAAGAUCUUUCUUAAUAUUCCUCUAAAGACUGCACAUCACUCCUUCCUGCCAGCACCUAUCACAUCGGAUGUAGAACCAGGACUGUUGGACUCGUUCACUGCAAAGCUCAAUGCCUUGAAUGUUGCUGUAGAAACGGCGAAUCUUGUGCUCAAUACAAGAUAUAUUAUAAGAGAUGUGAAUUAAUUGUGUGUGCAUUUGUAAAUGUGUAGCACUGUGUCAUGUAGUACCGGUGUUGAAACAUUAGAUGGAGACAUUCAUUUUGGACAAGAUUUAACUCCCAUUUUGAAAUUCUAUGAUUCAGAAAUGAGUAUUUAUAAAAAAAAAAGAUGUGAAAUAUUUUUAUUCUUAUAUUUCUGUCUGUAUUUUUAAUAUAUUAUUCAUUUUUCUAUUUAAUUAAAUUCUGUAUUGGCAGGAGUAUUCACACAAAUAUUCUGUGUAAUUCAGCUACUUUCUUAUUGCCUAAGCUCUUGUUUUCUUGCACACAUUUCUUCCAAACUAAGGUUCAGAUUUGCAUUAAGAACUUUGAUUAGUGAUCGGACUGAUACUUGUGUUACCACUUUAAUUUACAGUCAGCUGCAGAAUUUUUCAUAAAAACAAUUCUAACUGUC